UGUAUAAUUACUCACAAAAAUUCCAUAUUGCAAUAUUAAAUAUAAUAUAUUAUAUAAGAAAUAUGCAAUUGUGAAAAUAUCUGAACGUUGUUUUAUAAAAUUAUAAUAAAUUUUAUGUGCCAUUUAAUAUUUAUAAAAAACAAACUUAUUUAACGAAAAAAUGCAUAAAGUGUUGAGUGCCAAAUUAACGUACUUAAAGAAAUUUUAAAGAUUAGUUUCUACAGUUUCAUUUGUGUUUUUCAAAAUUAAGAUAAUGCAAUUGUUUAUAAUUGUGGAAAAAUUUUAUAUUUAUUGAAAAAUAUAAAAAAAUAUGCUUUCGCAUUGAAAAGAAAAGAUGUCAGAUACCCCCAUACUUUUGUAUUGGGGUAAAAACUCAUGCAAAAAUUGUAAUAAAGGGACACCAGCUGGCGUGUAUUUUUCAUUGAUUUUUUUUUUAGUAGCUAAUGAAUAGCAUUCGAAGUUCAGGAGACCUAGACCGCAUAACUGUUAAAAUACAUAAUAUGAAACGUAGCGCAUCACGUGAUUCUCCAAGGGUGAAACGAAGAAACAGCGCUAGUCUCCGUUAUGAUGGCAGCUCUGAUGACGGAAGAAUGUCUCCUGAUAGACAUACAAGAAGUAGGUUGGUAAGAUCACCAAGUCCAAGACCAAGAUAUGUUUCACCUCAUCCAGAAGAAUAUCCAAGACCGACAUCAGAACGUCCGGUAUAUAAAGUACUUUGCGUUAGUUCCAUUCAUUUAAAGGCAUCAGAUGAGUUUAUUAAAGAAACUUUAUAUCGCGAAUAUAAGAAAUUUGGAGAUUUUAGUAUAAGGGUAUCUCAUGAAGUUGAUGAACGUGUAGCAUAUAUCUGUUUUAGAACUCCAGAAGAUGCGCGGGAAGCUAAGCAUCACAAGCCGAGAAUUAUGUUUUAUGAUAAAAUGGCUGUAGUUGAAGCGGUUUAUGAAGGUCCUCCAAGAGCAGAUCAUCGUAGUCGCCAUAAAUCAAGCUCACCACCUCCUCCCGAAUAUGAUCGGCAUUAUUAUAUUAGGUCUCCAGCAGCACCUGUAUCUGUUGAAAGACAUCGCUUGCCACCACAUAUUGAACCACAUCAUCCUUAUGAACGAGCUUAUGGUCCUCCAGCUGUUCCUAUGCAUCACCCACCAGAAUUUCGGCCAAUUCAUCAUGAAUAUAUUCCAAGAGGGCCGCCAAUACGUCAUUUACCUCCUCAUAUGCAUCCGGCCCCUCACAGACCAUAUAUACCUCGUCAUAUUAUCCCAAGGCCGCACAUUCCGCAUUAUGAAAAACCAGAUAAAAAAGAUAAAUUUCCUAAUUAUUUGCAUCACGUGCAACCAGAGGACGAUCCCUUAGCCACAAGAACAUUGUUUGCCGGUAAUUUAGAAAUAAAUAUAUCAGAUGAGGAGCUGCGUAGAAUUUUCGGUAAAUAUGGAAUAGUGGAAGACAUCGAUAUAAAAAGACCACCACCGGGAACCGGAAACGCAUUUGCUUUUGUAAGAUAUCAAAAUUUGGAUAUGGCACACAGGGCCAAAGUUGAGCUGUCAGGGCAGUAUAUUGGAAAAUUUCAAUGCAAAAUUGGUUAUGGAAAGGCGACUCCAACAUCCAAGAUUUGGAUUGGGGGACUCGGUGCUUGGACUUCGGUAACACAAUUAGAAAGAGAGUUCGAUAGAUUUGGCGCUAUUAAAAAAAUUGAAUAUCAAAAAGGAGAUACAAGUGCCUAUAUUUUAUAUGAGUCGGUUGAAGCUGCAACAUCUGCUGUUAAAGAAAUGAGAGGAUUUGCUUUGGGUGGUCCAGAAAAGCGUCUAAGAAUUGAUUUUGCUGAUGGUGGUGUAGAAGGAGCACCAGCUCCAGCUCCUUUCAGACCGAAAGCAGGUCAUGAUCCAGUUCACUCCACAACUGAAUAUAGAAGACCGGAAUAUGAAGUUGAGCCAGUUCAUUAUCAAGAAAUACCCUAUCACGUUCCAUAUCAUCCACGUGGAGGUUAUAGAGGAAGAGGAAUGUAUAGAGGACGUGGUGUAUAUCGGGGUGCAGUCUAUCAUCAUGAUAUACACAGAAUGCCAGUUACUACUAUAGUCAAUGAAACAUGGAACCAUACUGUUGAUCCUGCAGAUUAUGAGAAGAGCCGUUCUCUUUCUCGACAGCCUCCAAUUGAAAGAUCAAGGUCACGGUCACCGCAUCGUAAUAUGAGUCCUGAAUCUGACACAAAUUCUCGUACAAACGGGAUUUUAAGUUCAGUUCGUAAUCUUCAAGAUGUUUCAAGAAAAUGCUCAAUAGCUUGGCAAGGAGCGUUAAUACUAAAGAGUUCACUUUUUCCAGCAAAAUUUUAUCUUACUGAUGGCGAUUCGACUAUCAUCAAUUCACUAAUGAAAGAUGAAGAAGGUAAACAUCAUUUAAGGAUUACACAAAGAUUACGCCUUGAUCAAACAAAAUUAGAUGACGUAAGAAAGAGAAUAAGUUCAUCUUCCUCACAUGCAAUAUUUUUGGGUUUAGCUUCUUCCGGAUCUAUAAUUCAGUUAGAUGAUGCUGGUAUUCAAACAAGGCCGUUAAGAAAUCUUGUUUCAUAUCUCAAACAAAAGGAAGCUGCUGGUGUUAUUUCUUUAUUGAAUAAAGAAACGGAAGCAACUGGCGUUUUGUACGCGUUUCCCCCUUGCGAUUUUUCGACAGAGCUACUAAAACGUAGUUGCCAUUCAAUGUCGGAUGAGGGAUUGAAGGAAGAUUUCCUCCUGAUUGUAGUUGUUCAUGGCGGUACAGCUUAAUAUUAAUAUUACAUAUGUAUUAGUUGAGAAAAUAUGUUUUUCAUGCAUUUUGAAUAAAAAAAAUUAUCGAAAAAUAAUUUUCAAGAUGAUUAAGAAUAAAUAAGUUUAA